AUGGCCAGCGCACUCAACAAGAUCGCCGCAAACAGCGCCUCGCGCCAAAAGCCAUCAGAGCUUGAGACCAGCAUUGCUGGCGCUCUUUACGACCUUGAGACCAACACCACCGACCUCAAGGCCGCACUUCGACCACUUCAAUUCGUCUCCGCCAAAGAGAUUGAAGUUGGCCACGGCAAGAAGGCUAUUGUCAUCUUUGUCCCCGUCCCAUCCCUUCAAGGUUUCCACAAGGUGCAGCAACGUCUCACCCGUGAGCUCGAGAAGAAGUUUUCUGACCGUCACGUCCUUAUCCUCGCAUCUCGCCGUAUUCUUCCCCGCCCAAAGCGAUCCAACCGCUCCCGAACAUCCCUCACUCAAAAGAGACCUCGUUCCCGAACACUCACUGCCGUCCACGACGCUAUUCUCAGCGAUCUCGUGUACCCAGUCGAGAUUGUUGGCAAGCGUCUCCGCACCAAGGAGGAUGGAAGCAAGACCUUGAAGGUCGUUCUCGACGAGAAGGAGAAGGGAGGUGUUGACCACAGACUCGAUACUUACUCUGAGGUUUACCGAAAGUUGACUGGCCGUGGUGUCGCAUUUGAGUUCCCACAGGGUGGUGCUUCUGAUUACUAG